AUGACGUUGCUAACAAGUUUUGCAAAGUUCGCUGAGCUUUUGCGCACUUUGAAAAUGAACAGAAUCGUCCUCACAACGUUCUGCUUAUUUUUCGCUUUUGCAGAGUAUUGUGUUAUAAAUGAACAAGAAUGGCUGUUUACUCCACAAACCUDCGGCACAAGGGAUCAUGGGCCAUUGCCGAGUUACAUGUCCAGAAGAAGAUUCGAUGUCGUUACUUUAGGAGAAAUAGAAAAGACUGAACUWAAAGAUCAAGAUACUCCACACGAGAUAAAACCAGCAUCUGGACAAUCUGAGGAUGAACAAGUUACAUGGACAUUGGACUUACAUGAGCUUUAUCGAAAGGAYCCCAUCACUUGUAUCAAGACUGUGGUUGCUUACAUGAUUAUAGUGGCACUUGAACUAGCUGUCAUUGGAUAUUUCUUUGUUUAUCCCAUAUUUUCGGAUAGAAUCAAGGGUACAAAAUCUUGCAAGGAAAAAAMCAAAUUGACYGCUAAAACACAAAAACGACGAAAAGCAGCUCGAAGACGGAGAACCGGAAGAAACUGAAUAAAAURAUAAUUAAUACAGUUCAUAAAUAAUAUAUAAU